AUGCCGGCCGACAUUCGUAGCUUCUUUGGUGGCGGGCCUACCAAAGCCAGCGAGGGAAGCCAGGGCUCGCAGAAGAAAGACGAGCCCAAGACCAAGAAAGCAGCGCCCAAAAAAAGUGGAAGGGCAAGCAGAGUCGUCGACGAUUCCGAUGAUGAGGAGGAAGAGGAAGUCAAACCAACAAAGACCACACCCAAGAAGCCACCGCCAAAGAAAGCCAAGCGCGAACCGACUCCCGAACUCGAAGAGACCACCACAUCCGACUUCUUUGCAGCGUCAAACAAGCCUAAAAGGACGGAGCCCGUAAAGAGGAAGAGCGCCGAGACGCCAAAGGCGACACCGAAGAAGGCCGCGGCACGCGUCUCCAAGACAUCUACCCCCGCAUCCAAUGGCAGGGCUUCGGGACGAGCGAAGAAACCUAUCAGGUCCUAUGCUGAACGGGACAAUGAAGACGAAUUUCCAGACGACGACCUAGAUGGUGCGGAUGACAUUUUUGGCGACGACAUCAAGGGCAAAAAGCAGGACGAUUACACAGAAGUCGCCGAGAGCGAGGAUGACUUAGCCGUGAAGCUGCCUCACCGGGGAACACCUAAGAUGCCCGCCAAGCAGCAAAAGAAGAUUGUGGAAGAAGACGAUUUUGAGCCAGAUGACGAAGAUGUCGACAUGAAAGAUGUGGACGCGGAGGCCGAUUUCGUAGAGCCGACUGAUGACGAGCAGGCCGCAGGAAGCAAACCCAAGAAGAUAUCAACGGCUGGUCGAAAGCGCAAGUCGCCGGAUCUAGACGAAGAUGAGGACGAUUUAGAAGACGAGGAAGAGAAGCCGAAGAAAGGACGAGCCAAGAAAGCAACUGCAGCGAAGUCGCCCGUCAAAAAGAAAGCAAAGAAGGAAGAAGUCUCAGAAAGUGCAGAUCACCAGGCCAUCUACGACAUGAUACCUACCGUACGCGCACCUACACCUCCGCCCAAGGACAAGGACGCAAAAUUUGACUGGCGAGCGAAUGCUGGCCGCGCAGAGCCAGCACCGCUUCAAGGGGCAUCCGGAGACAUGCCUUCAGGAUCAGAUACUUGCUUGGCAGGCUUGAACUUCGUCUUCACCGGCGUUCUGAAAAAAUGGGGUCGGACGGAAGCACAAGAGCUCGUUAAACGCCAUGGUGGCAAAGUUACUGGUGCUCCCAGCAAGAAGACCAACUAUGUCAAGAUUCAUGACUUGGGAAUUCAGACCAUUGAAGAAGAUGGCUUAUCGAUGCUCAUCGAGAAACUCACAGAAGUCGGCAACAAAGGUGACUCAAAAGCACAGGCGGCCUACAAGGAAAAGCAACGCAAGGAAGAGGAGAACAUCAAGAAGCAGGCGGCCGAGCUCGAGAAGGAAGAUAAGAAACGAGAAAAGGAAAAGAAGGCUGCCGAUGUAGCCGCUGGUCGCACAACAGCUUCCGCUGCAACAGCUGCAGCCCAAAGCGACGGUCCAGCUGUUGACACCCGACUCUGGACGACCAAGUAUGCUCCAUCGUCUCUGAACCAGAUUUGCGGCAAUAAGGUUACAGUGGAGAGACUUCAGAGAUGGCUGCAGAAAUUCCCAAAGAAUGUCAAGACAAAUUUUAAGCUUGCUGGAGCAGACGGAAGUGGUGUUUUCCGUGCCGUCAUGCUUCACGGACCUCCUGGAAUUGGCAAGACUACAGCAGCUCACCUGGUAGCGAAACUUGAGGGCUACGACAUCGUGGAGCGAAAUGCAAGUGACACUCGCAGCAAGAAGCUGAUCGAAGAGGGCUUGCGCGGCGUAUUGAGUACCAACUCCUUGCAUGGCUACUUUGCUGGUGACGGAAAGAAAGUCGAGUCGGCAAAGAAGAAGCUGGUUCUCAUCAUGGAUGAAGUCGAUGGGCUCAAGAUGCCGGCACCUGUUGUCAAUGCACUGAUCGAGGGUAGCCACGCCGAUAUUCGUCAGGUCGUCAACAUGAUUUCGACAGCCAAGCUAGACCAGGAAGCCAUGGACUUUGACAGUGGCAAGCGCAUGUCGAAGAACUGGGAAAAGCAUGUUAUCCUCAAGCCAUGGGACAUUACUCAGAAGAUUCUUGGAGGCGGCAUGUUCGCUGCCAGCAGCAAGGCGACCCUAAACGAGAAGAUCGAACUCUACUUCAACGACCAUGAAUUCAGUCCUCUCAUGCUCCAGGAGAACUACCUCGGCACUAAUCCUAUGCAAGCCCUCAACUACUCUGGCAAAGAACAGAAUCUGAAGAAACUCGAACUUGCUUCACAAGCAGCUGAUAGUAUCAGCGAUGGUGAUCUUGUGGACCGCAUGAUCCACGGCUCCCAGCAACAAUGGAGUCUCAUGCCGACACAUGCAGUCUUCAGUUUCGUCCGCCCAGCAAGUUUUGUUGCUGGCAGCACGGCUGGUAAUCAGACACGCUUCACAUCGUGGCUGGGCAAGAACAGCAGCACCAACAAAUUGAGCCGCCUGGUGAAGGAGAUUCAAGCACAUAUGCGUUUGCGUUCUUCAGGCGAUCGACACGAAAUUCGACAGCAAUACAUUCCUGUUCUUUGGACAGAACUCGUUCAAAAGCUGCAAAAAGAGGGCAAGGAUGCCGUCGGACCAAUCAUUGAGCUCAUGGACAGCUACUACUUGACCAAAGAUGACUUUGAUGCUAUCAUGGAACUGGGUGUUGGACCGAUGGAUCAAGAGAAGGUUAAGAUCGAGACGCAGGCCAAGGCAACGUUCACACGACUCUAUAACCAACAGUCACAUCCGCUACCAUUCAUGAAGGCGUCUUCUGUUGUUGCACCGAAGAAGCAAGCGAAGGAGAAACCCGAUCUUGAGGAAGCGAUUGAGGAAUCCGACGAUGGAGAGGUGAUCGAAGAGGUCAAGGACGAGGACGAGGAGGCGGACUUGUCUAAGGACAAAUACGUCAAACAGCCCAAGAAGAAAGCAGCGGCCAAGAAGAGUGCAGCCGCACCAAAGAAGGGCAAGAGAAAGGCUAAAGACGAUGAGAGCGAAGAAGAGGCAGAUGAAGACGUCAAGCCCAAGGGCAAAGGCAAAGGGAAGGCGGCGGUUGCAAAAGGAAAGAAGAAAUGA